AUGGAUGCCGGCGUCCAGGUCGAGGCUUGCGAUCUGGUGCCUCUCCUGGAAACAAAUGGCCACAACUCCUCCUCAUCUCCACCUUCGUCACCCGAGCCGCUUCGGGCUCGCAAGACAUCUCAAUAUUACCCUUCGCGUCGCAGGAAACAGCCCCGUUGUCGCGUCAUGAUCGCCUCACUCUUGUUUGGCGUGGUGUUUUUAGUGUUAGUCCUAGUUUUGUAUUGUCCGGGGGACCUCUUCCCGGAUUACAGCCAAUUCAUGCCAUCCCGCAAGUCCUCGUCCGACAACUCCAGUGUUGGGCCCGAUGUCGGUGGUUCGCCACCGUUCCCGACUCUCCCGACCACGAUCCCCGUCAAUUUUGUUACCUUUGAUCACAUGCAAGAGGAGAACUUUGAAUUCAACUUGAGUGGCAAGGAUGUGAUGGUGUUUCUGCAUAUUCAAAAGACCGGUGGCACCACUUUUGGCAAGCAUUUGGUCCAAGACAUUGAUCUCGAAGAGCCCUGUGAGUGUCGACGUCUCAAAAAGCGCCCCAAGUCCCGUCAGUACGGUGCCAAAUCGCGCGUUAAACGCAAAAUCAAAUGCGAGUGUUUCCGUCCAGGCGAAGAGGGCAAGUACUGGUUGUUUUCGCGUUAUAGCACUGGUUGGAAGUGUGGCCUCCAUCCGGAUUGGACUGAGCUCACAGCUUGUGUCGACCAUUACCUCGACGCCACUGAGGGGCACACCGAAGAUCGGCGCUACUUCUAUGUCACGUUCCUCCGAGAUCCGGUCAGAAGAUAUUUGUCAGAAUUCCGUCACGUUCAACGAGGAGCCACAUGGAAGACAGCCUUACUCAGAUGCAAUGGCCGCUCGCCAACCCCAGAAGAGAUGCCCAAGUGCUAUCAGGGCGAAGAUUGGAUGGAUGUGACCCUGCCGGAGUUCAUGGGUUGUCCCAGUAACCUAGCCGCCAAUCGGCAAACCCGCAUGUUGGCCGACCUGCGGCUGGUGAAUUGCUACAAUACCACGGGCAUAUCUCAAUUGGAGCGAGACGCCGUCAUCCUUCAAAGCGCAAAAGAGAACCUGCACCGAAUGUCCUUCUUUGGCCUCACAGAAAUGCAACGUGAGAGCCAGUACGUGUUUCAGGAGACGUUCAAUCUCGAGUUCAAAGAAAAUUUCGUUCAGUACGAAACGAACACGGGCAAACGCACGGAGAACAAGCUCGGCGACGACGUGGUGGCGCGAAUUAAAGAACUCAAUCAUUUGGAUAUCCAAUUGUACGACUACGCCCGGCAACUCAUGGACUCGCGAUUGCUUGAAUUGAAAGAGAACGACUCGGAUUUUGACGCGCACUUUGACAAGUUGAGCAAGAUUGGAAAUUUUGUGUCCGAUGACGAUAUCGACAAUGCAAUCUACUAACAUCCACCCAAGAAAUAUGUCUCAUUAAUUCUUACUCCUAAUCCCUUGUGCUUGUCAUUAAUCUUUUCAAUUGUAAUCACUACUCAUAUUCACAGUGCGGUCAUUCUCUACAUUAAAGAUCCGAGAAUCAUGUA